AUGCUUGAUGCAGCAGCCAUUAAUAGUUCUAUGCAGCAAGCUGUUGAGGAUGGUGUUGUAGGCGUAUUUCUUCUUGAUAGAGAUGGUGUACUGCUUACAUCUGCCUCCGCAGAUCCAGAUUAUGUUCAUACAAAGGAACGAGCAAUGAUUAUUGCUGCUAUAAGUAAUGUUUGGCGUGCCUGUGCUAGCAAUGAUAUGGCAAAAAAUAAACUUACAAACAAAGUAGAAACAGAGUCGUUAGAACAAGUCCUUAUUGAUUUUGGUGAGAAUAAGAUAUGCGCUAUGUCUGUUGGUGGAAAUGCGAUUCUCGGUCUAGUGGGUAGUGGAAUGGAGAUGGGUCUAGUGAAGUUGAAGACAGCAACGUUGCAGCGAAGACUAGACUCUUAUCUGCGACAUGUACUCUCAACAUUCAAUUGA